AUGGACCUCAAAGGGGAGCCAGGACCGCCAGGAAAGCCCGGCCCACGUGGACCCCCCGGCCCUCCCGGCUACCCAGGAAAGCCAGGCACAGGGAAGCCAGGAAUGCACGGCCAGCCCGGGCCCGCUGGGCCCCCUGGUUUCUCGGGCAUUGGGAAACCCGGCAUCCCAGGACUCCCUGGAAAGGGCGGCCCUGGCCUGCCUGGGUUUCGGGGUGAGCCUGGCCCAAAAGGAGAGCCAGGACCCCGCGGAGAGCGAGGGAUGAAGGGUGAAAAUGGUGUGGGGAAGCCAGGGUUACCGGGGCCCCGGGGGAACGGGGGCCCUCCUGGCCCUGCGGGGCCCCCAGGGCCUGUCGGCAUUGGGAAACCCGGCCUCGAUGGCCUGCCAGGCGCACCGGGGGAGAAGGGUGACAUGGGCCCUCCAG